AUGGCAACAACAACAUAUUUCUCUCCGAUUAUUUCGGAGCAAAUUCUCAAUAUUAAGUUUGAUCCAAACUUCUUACCUGUUGUAGCUACUAGCUUUGCAUUUUUCCUAAUUCUUUAUAAAUUUAUCAAUCCAUGGCUAUCCAAUUUUUUUGUGAACAAUUAUAAAAAUUUGAAUGAAGCACAAAAAAUUGAUUGGAGUACAAGAAUUAAUUCAUCAAUUAAUGCUCUCAUUGUUGGAACUAUUUGUGUUUAUAUGAUGAUUGCUGAUCGAGGACUUGCAGCAAAUCCUCUUGUAUACAAAAGUUACUUAUUAAAAACUAAUUUAUCUAUUGUUAUUGGAUAUUUAUUAAGUGAUACACUUAUUAGUACCAUACAUUACAAAGCUAUUGGUGAUCCAUUCUCAAUUGCUCAUCAUACGGUUUCAACAUAUGCUUUUGGCUAUGUCUUAACAUUGAAUGUUAUGCCUUAUUUUGCUAAUUUUCGAUUACUUGCUGAAUUAUCGACACCUUCUGUAAAUCUCAGAUGGUUCCUUGACGUAUUAAAAUAUCCAAAAACAUCAAAAAUAUUUGUUUUGAAUGGUUUAUCAAUGACAUCAAUUUUCUUUUUUGUUCGCAUAGUUGCAAUGCCUAUUUAUUGGUGGAAAGUCUAUAUAGUUGCAAUAACACCAUUAUGGCCUCAUAUGGGCCAUUUUCGAUAUAUUCUAAUUGUUGUUUGCAUCGUACUUGAUAUUAUCAAUUUAUAUUGGUUUUUAAAAAUGGCUCGAGGCUGUGUCCGAACUCUGAUGGCUGUCAAUAACAAAAAACAUGGCUAA